GGGAGCUGCUAGUGGCUGGCCGGGAGAGGCGCCUGCCCCGGGGAGAGCGGCGGCGGGGAGCGGGCUCUGGGACCGGCCCCCGGAGAGGCAGCCAGCCGACGGGAGGAUGCGGACGGCCCCGUAGGGAGCUGGGCCAUGCCCCGGGGGGCCAGGCGGCGCACACGGCAAUGCUAUGAGUCCAGAAGUCCUGAAAAUAGUGUGGGUACAGAGUACAGGCAAUGGACGACUCUACCACCAAACCCUCCACCAAGGUAUCCCAGCAUUGACCAAGAGAUGCCAGCUGAGAGGGACCAGGUUUCUUCUAUGGGCGCUGAACUCCCAGCUACCUAUGCCUAUUGCCUGUGAUGGAAGAACUUGAUGCUAAUGUGAGGAGGGAACACAGAGACAGCUGGCUAGAUAGAAACACUGUGCGGAGACUCAGAAGGGAAAGGAGACACAUGGUGGCAGUUCGAGUGAGGGGUUCGGCGUGGCAGAGAAGAUCGCACUGCUCACCUUUAUCUCGGCGGUUAUACUCAUGGCCAUCCUGGGGAACUUGCUGGUGAUGGUGGCAGUAUGCAGAGACAGGCAGCUCAGGAAAAUCAAGACCAAUUAUUUCAUUGUCUCACUUGCCUUUGCGGACCUGCUGGUGUCGGUGCUGGUGAUGCCUUUUGGAGCUAUUGAGCUGGUUCAGGAUAACUGGAUUUAUGGAGAGAUGUUCUGCCUGAUCCGAACAUCUCUAGAUGUCCUGCUCACUACAGCAUCAAUCCUUCACCUCUGCUGUAUCUCCCUAGACAGGUACUAUGCUAUCUGCUGCCAGCCUCUGGUUUACAGGAAUAAGAUGACACCACUGCGCAUUGCUCUAAUGCUCGGAGGGUGCUGGACUAUCCCGACAUUUAUUUCUUUUCUCCCUAUAAUGCAAGGCUGGAAUACCAUUGGUAUAUUAGACUUGAUACAACAAAGACAGUUCAACAAGGCUUCCAACUCAACCUACUGCGUAUUCAUGGUCAACAAACCCUACGCCAUCACCUGCUCAGUGGUGGCCUUCUACAUUCCAUUCCUCUUGAUGGUGCUGGCCUACUAUCGGAUCUACAUCACAGCCAGGGAGCACGCCCGCCAGAUCCGGAUCCUCCAGCGUGCAGGGGCGCCCACAGAGGGGAGACACCACCCCGACCAGCAUAGCACUCACCGUAUGAAGACUGAGACCAAAGCUGCCAAGACCCUGUGUAUCAUCAUGGGGUGCUUCUGUUUGUGCUGGGCCCCGUUCUUUAUCACUAAUGUCGUGGACCCAUUCAUAAAUUAUACUGUACCUGAGCAGCUGUGGACAGCUUUCCUGUGGUUGGGCUACAUCAAUUCAGGGUUGAACCCCUUCCUGUAUGCCUUCCUGAACAAGUCUUUCAGACGUGCCUUCCUCAUCAUUCUGUGCUGUGGGGACGAACGCUACCGAAGGCCUUCCAUCUUGGGGCAAACUGUCCCCUGUUCCACCACCACUAUCAAUGGAUCAACGCAUGUGCUAAGGUGUUUCAUCAAUGCAUCGCUACAGAUGAACCUGUGGCAGCUACUUCAGUUCUCCCAUCAACUUUCCUUCUACCCAGCAUCUCCGUGCACAAAGCCCAGAGAAUCUACUGCUCCUCCUAUCUUGCAUGUUUGCCACAAGCUGUGUCUCUGAUGUACACAGUUUUACAUAAUGGGCAUCAUCAGGAACACGAGAAGCUUCCCAUCCACAAUGACCCAGAAUCCCAGGAGUCCUGUUUCUAAUGAAGACCCUGGCAGAGGAACCACACACCUGCACACCAGAUGAUUUUGGGGCAGCAGGACUCUAAUGCAAGCUCGUUUGUCUGCAUUUCCCUGGUGCCUCCUGUAUUGAUUUGAUAGGAAUGGCUAACAGCAUGAAUAUGGUGACUGAUAAGGCUGAGGAGGGGACGCAAUGUGCAGAACAAUUGAGGAGACCUCUCUGCUGCUGCAGGAGGAUGUCUGGACUUUAUUAACACAGCAGGGCCUUAACGUCAGUGCUUUACAGAGGUGUGCAAACUUCCAUCCCUGUAUACAAAGAGCACACACGCAAGCCCUCGCACACACAUACCCACACUGAGAUUGAUGGUUUUUCGCCAGCUGCCAUUUUUUGCUGCAUGCCGCCUCUUUGUUUUGUGGCCACAAUAUUGUGAUCUUAAAGAUUUCAAAGUCUGACUUGAAGCUGUAAUGCUCAACAGCAGUAAAUGCCUCCUUUGUCUGCUCAAGGUCACACCUACGCCUAACAUGGUGCUGUCAGGAGAGAUGUAGUGCUUAUGUUUUCUUUCUGAAAAGAAAAGGAAUUCUUUUCCUUCUCAGUUAUCUUCAAUGGUGAGAUCUGUCAGUGUGAGCUGACAAUUCCCCCUGUCCAGCGCAAUAUCAAAGGGAAACAGUGUUUUCCUGUAGAUACUUUCCAGUGAGAGUCCUGACCAAGAUCUCUGGUAAAAGAGCCAAUGAGCAAAAAUAGCCCAUGAGGAUCUAAAAUGCAGCCCACAGAGACAUAUAAUCUUUGAUAUGGAGACAUGGCCCACAGAGACUGCAAGUCCCAGCAAGUGCUGCUCUACAGUAGCCAGAAGACAGGAGUCGCAGUCUGCCCCAUUUUCUAUCCAUUAGAUGCAGUAGUUCUUAUUUGGGCAAACUUUGGGCAUCCCGCCUGUAAAAGAAAGGUUGAUCAAGAGACAAAGUCCUUAGGGAAUAUCAGUCUGUAAUAGCUCACUAAGUGCCAUGUUGAUAAAUAUAUGUCAUCUAAAGAGCUUUUCUAGCUACAGUUGGAAGACAAACUCCUACUUGGGUGUUUUGCUUUUUCUUCCCUCCCCUCCCCCACUCCACCUGUGAGGCUUAAAUAAAACAAGCUUCAGAACUUUCAAAUGUUGCCCUAUGCACCUGUCCUUUUACAAUAAUCUCACAUCCUAGCUACUUCCUGCAUGCAGAUAUUACUACAUUCCUCGUAGGCAGCUUCCUCCUUUGCAUGUAAAUGACAGGCAACGCUGUAGAUCUAGGAACCCUGGGAGUCUGAUUUUCGUGCAGUGGGAAAUACGCAGGUUCUACACUGUGGGCCUGUAACCUCCUUAGAUGAAGAUCUAACCCAAAGAUGACGGCCUUAGCCUGGAAAACAGAAAUGUAUUUUGUUACAUUGUGUGAUCAUGUACAGAUUUUUUUUUAAUGUAAAGAAAAAAGUUGACAUUAUUUAUUAUUAUUUUUAAAAAGAAGUGUUUUUUUCCAUUCUAAGCUUCUAAAACAUGGGAGUUUAACAUAUAAAUAUAAAUAUUAUUUUAUUAAAUGUUCUGUUGCUAUGUGACAGGUAUCUACUGUAAAAACAACCUGCUUUGAACAAAGAAAAAGUACUGCUGAGAAAGAGGAUUUUGUGCAUGAUAACAGCAAGCAGGUUUCCAACCAUGGUGUCUGAUUAUCCUUGACUUCUGUGAAAAGUUCUUUGCACUUGGAAAAACUCCAUGCUAAAGUUUCUCAUCCUUUUCUUUAAAAAAUCAUUAGUGCACUGGCCAGGAACAGUCCUAAUUAGAUGAAAUGGUGGAGCCAAAUCAUUUUAAUUUAGAAAACCCAAAGAGGUUAGCACCAGGCACAAAGCUGUUGGCUUUGACACUUCAUAUUUUACUAUGGCCACUGGCAGUAAAUAUAAGAUGUUCUAAGAGAGCGCGUGAGAGACACAAUUUGAGAUAAAUACUGGUUCAUCACAAAGGCCCGGUUCGGUAAUCACAUGCUUGUGUAGGGGGGGGCUUUUCAAAAGUGCUCAGGAUUGGCCUAAUUCUGCCCCCAUUGAAGUCAAUGAUACAACUUCCAUUGACUUCAAUGGGAGAAGUGUUAGGCCACUGCUGAGUGCUUUUGAGAAGACCAUCCUCAAGCAACUUUACUCCUGUGAUUUAGUUCUCAGUGGACCUAUUCGUGUGAACGGCGUUUGCAGGACUCAGUUCUGUGACAGUAGCCCAAGCAGUGUUGGGACCCUGCCUUCAUCCUAAGUGGCAACAGGGUCGGCUCCAGCUUUUUUGCCGCCCCAAGCAGCGAAGCGGGAAAAAAAAAAAGAUAAAGCCGUGAUCAGCAGCACUUUGGCAGCAGCUCUACC